UCAUAACCUCCGACCGAAUCUUGAAAACGCAUCUCGUCGAGCAGAUUUGCGGUUUUAACUCUGACUAAAACACGAAAAACCCAUAAUAAAAUGGACACUGUAAACACUUCCAUCGCCGAUUCCACAGAAAUGAGGGAGGUAAGUGAUUUAAUGGAGAAAUAUACGGACGAGAUGCUGGCGCACGCCAAAGUCUCCGUGCGUAAUUUUGGAGAGUCGGGGUCUUUACGCAGCAGCGCGCCUGGAUUAAGCAUCGACCCCGUGGCUCAUCUUUCUGUCCUCGAUUUGCCCCUCGGCACCAAACCAUAUACCGAUCACAUGGAUGAUUUUCUAAAAGUCGAACCCGGACAGUGGAGCGUAAUAUCAAACAAAGCCCUUAAAGAGACAUUUGCACCGGAGAGCUCAUCCGGGAUGAGCGCGUUUAUCAAAGACGAGCAGGAGCAAUCCCUAAUCAUGGAGCCCCCCAACAAUGACUUCGACCUCAGCGCUUUGGAUAGCUGCUGCGAACCCGAAAACAAACAACAGUGUGGGUACAUUGAAGAUUCAACAGCGUUGCUUUCAUCUCAAGGUGCCCAACAGGUAGUAGUGGACAGUUCUUCUAACUUUCAACUGGACGUGAGUCAGUCUAACGCAUUGGUUUUGCCACCUCAGAGGAGAGCAUCGCCUUCUCUCGGUAGAGCUAUGCUCAAUUUCAAUGGUACGAGCGCAUCUCAAAUCAUGUCCAAAACGGACAUUUCUAAAUGGGUGGUCCAGCAGUCUCCUGCGGACUCUCAGUUCUGGUAUCAGUCCGCUAAUACGAAUGAAGAGCACGCAGGCUACUCAUCCCCAGAUGGUUUCAUUCAGCAUUCACAGGCAGCCUACAGUUUGUUCCCAGGGGUAACCUCUCAAAGAAUGUGUGUCAUAUGUGGAGACGAAGCGUCCGGUUGCCACUAUGGAGUUCUUACCUGUGGAAGCUGCAAGGUGUUUUUCAAGAGAGCCGUGGAGGGUCACCAUAAUUACCUGUGUGCCGGACGCAAUGACUGCAUUGUUGAUAAAAUCCGGAGGAAAAAUUGUCCUGCGUGUCGUCUUAGAAAGUGCUACCAGGCGGGAAUGAUGCUCGGAGGUCGUAAGAUGAAACGCUUCGGAGGUUUAAAGGUGAUGGGUCUGAGUCCAUCUCUGAUGUUUCAGAGUCCUUUGUCUCUGAUGACCGAUUUUCAAACCGUGUCCUCCCUGCCAUGUCUCCCGGCCCUCCGUGAGCUUCAGUUGUCUCCACAGAUGAUCAGUAUUCUGGAAAGCAUUGAACCGCAGGUGGUUUACUCUGGUUUUGACAACUCGCAACCGGAGGUUCCCCACCUUCUCCUCAACAGUCUUAACAGACUUUGCGAGAGGCAGCUUCUCUGGAUUGUCAGGUGGUCCAAGUCUCUUCCAGGUUUUCGCAGUUUGCACAUUAAUGAUCAGAUGACACUAAUCCAGUAUUCCUGGAUGAAUUUGAUGGUGUUCUCACUGGGCUGGAGGACGUUUCAAAACGUCACCACAGAUUAUAUGUACUUUGCUCCAGAUCUCGUCUUAAGUCAUGAUCAGCUGAGGAGAUCUCCGAUCUAUGACUUGUGUUUGGGCAUGCAGUUCAUUCCACAAGAAUUUGCCAACUUGCAAGUGACCAAAGAAGAGUUUCUGUGCAUGAAGGCCUUAAUGCUGCUCAAUACUGUUCCUCUUGAAGGAUUAAAGAGUCAGUCGCAGUUUGAUGAGAUGAGACAAAACUACAUCUGUGAGCUGACUAAAGCCAUCCAGCUGAAGGAGAAAGGAGUGGUGGCCAGUUCUCAGAGAUUUUACCAUCUGACCAAACUAAUGGACUCUAUGCAUGAGAUUGUGAAGAAGGUCAACCUCUACUGUCUGAGCACAUACAUCCAAGCAGACGCCAUGAAGGUGGAGUUUCCUGAGAUGAUGUCAGAGGUCAUCGCAUCACAGCUGCCUAAAGUUCUGGCCGGCAUGGUCAAACCCCUCCUCUUUCACAAGUGAUGUCAUAACAUCCAGAUAUAUUAUUUUACAAUGCUUUAUGUGUACGACACCCAACUUUGGUGUAUCGUUUUAAUCCUAAUUUACAUUUACUCAAGAGGAGGCCUACCAGUACCAGUAUUUAUUUCACUGUGCCUGGAUGACCCUAUGAUGAAUGUAUAUUUAUUGCAAUUGCACCCAAAAAAUUGGCAGACCAGUCCAACUGAUAAUGGGAAGAGUUAUUAUUAUAUAUUAAUUAUUACAAUGUUUAUUGUAUAGACUGGGGCCAGUAUCUAUGAAAAUAUAAUGAUUGAGUUAAAAGUCAGGUUACACAACUGUCUAUAAAAAUUUGCAUCCAAAAAUCCAUCAUGAACUGUUAUGAAUGUUUUUAUCUAUAAGAUCCCAAUAUCAUCAGAAUUUUCUAAUAGUUGUUGGGUAAACAAGCAAACAUGAUUAAACCAGUCAACUGUGUUUAAAAAAAGUUUUUCUUUAAAUAAAUGUCAUGUGUUUGUACACAAUUCAGUAAUAUCUGUUAGCUAAAAAACACCAUUUUGUUGAUGUGAAACAGCUGAUUUGUGAUGACAGCAAGAGUCAAUAGAAAUAAAACUGAAAUAACCUUAAUGUUCACAAAUAAGCAUUUAUAAAAAAAAAUCAGUGUGACAACUAGCCCCGGUCUCCAAAUCAUAUAUGUUUGAAUCCCUUAUGGUCUCAGGUUGAACUUCUAGUAGGUAUGCGAGUGCUCAGUUUUUUAGAAUUGAUAAUUAAUAAAAAUAUAUACAUGUAUUAUAAUGAUAAUCACCAUAAUUUACCAGCAAAAAUACAGGAGUUUUUAAUCGAAGCAGAAAAUCCAAACCAGACAUUUGUUUUGUAAAAAAAACACCAUAGAUAUUUUACCAAACUAAAGAUAUUUUACCAUAGUCUAAAUUAUAAAGACAGAAUAUAACUUUUAUAGUAUUAAAUUGCUUUAGCUUUUAAGACACUUGCAAAAAAUAUUUCUGAAUUUUUAUUUGACAGUAUAUAUAUAUAUAUAUAUAUAUAUAUAUAUAUAUAUAUAGUCAUAAUUGUGCACACAUAUCAUUUUAUUCAUUUGUAUCAUUCGGUUUAAUUUUUAAAUGUACUUUUUUUGUUGUUAAUGUUAUUUUAUUGUAAUGUAGGCAUCUUGGAAAAGUUCCCGAGUGUGAGGAUAAGGAAAUAUGAUCUAUCGCUCAUGUAUUAUACAGUAAAAGAGAACGUUCACAUUUUUUAUGGUCUGAUCUUACAACUUAUCCAAAACUAACCUUCAAAUA